AGCAACUAGGAUCUUUAAUUAAACCCAGAAGUCACCCUCCACAACAGCAAGAAGAAACAAUGAAGUCUCUCCAGUUCCUUAGUGCUGAAGCGUUCGUGUCACAUGCUGAGUUUGCAAGGAAGAAUCUUGGCAGUGUUGCCCAUAAUCUUUUUCCUCUUCUUUUUAAAGCCAGCUAUUUACUUGAGCAAAGGGAAGUGAUUCAUGACUUGGUUGAGACCUGGCCACUUCCUGACUUUAAUAUAGGAAAACUUCUGGGAACUACUGUGGACUACCAGGAAGAUCUGAGCCAUAGAAGAUGCUCAGUGUGCUUGGAGAGCUGUCUGACAGGGCUGAGAGAUUAUGUGCUGAAUCAUCCUUCUCCUUGUGUGAAAAGGUUGAAAGUGGUGGACCUGACAGGUAUAAAAGAUGUUGAAGUUCAGCUUUGUGAAUGUAAGAAGACAAUGGGGAGGUGGGCCAGGACAAAGCUGCUUUCAAAGCUUUGUUUAGAAGUGCUGGUCCACCUGCAACAAAAGCAGUGCAAGCCACGUGCCUUUGAAAUCAGUAUUGAUGUGCUAAUAGACUUGUUUGUUACAGAACGCAACUAUGAGCUGGUAGUGCAGGCCCUGCUGCAGAAACGUUAUUGUCCACUGAAGAUCUGCUGUGUGGCAUUUAGAGCUGACAACCUGGCUUUGCAGAAAUUCUUCUACAUCAUAAAGCUCACCGAUCCCUCUUUGUUGCGCAAACUGGAAGUGGUUCACAACGUUCGCUUGGAAAUGGAACACUUGGAAAUACUCUUCAACAGUAUUCACUUCCCUCUACUGAUGUCCUUGACCUUGCCAGCUCGAACAUUUAAUGUGCGGAGGCUCACAGCUGCAGAUGAACUGAUGCUUACUAGCAUUGGAGAAAAGAUGGGGGAAAUGACGCAACUGACUGAGCUCAGUCUGGCAUUUUCUAUACUCACAGGAAGAAUACGGAAGCUGCUCAGCCCAUUAAAAACUCCACUGAAGAUGCUGGAUGUUUCUAACUGCUCACUGAACCAUGCUGAUAUGAUCUAUUUAGCCAAUAGUAUUCAUUCUUAUCACUUGGAAGCACUGGACCUGAGUGGGCACAAUAUUCCUGAACUUUAUCCAUCAGCAUUCUUUAAGCUUCUUAACCAUUCCUCUCCAGUGCUUAGGAGUCUUAUCUUGGAGGACUGUAACGUCCAAGACACUCAUGUCAACAUGCUGAUUGUAGCAUUAAGCCCUUGUCAGAAACUGCAGGAGUUCAAGUUUCUUGGAAAUCCAUUGUCAUCCCAAGCACUUAAACACCUUUUCACAUUUCUCUGUGAGUUGCCAGUGCUGAAAAAUGUGGAGUUUCCAGUUCCAAAGGACUGCUACCCUAUUGACAUCACCUACCCAAUUGAUGAUGCCAGUCUCUGCAGAUUUGAUCAUCAAAAAUAUGAUAGGAUAGCAGAGGAGCUUAAAUUCAUUUUACUCCAAGCAAAUCGGGAGGAUGUGAAAGCUUCAACUCCACUCUUUGGCAGUUAUGAUGCAGCUGUUCAGGAGACAAAUGAUGAACUGGGAGCUUAUUUGAUCAAGUCCUUCAAAGAGACUUUAGAAAAGUUAACUACUUCUCUUAGCAAAAUGAGUUAAAUGUGUAACAUAUUUUCUAUAAGUUGGCCUCACAAAUCAGAAGCUAGUUUAUUCUUUUCUGGAACAGUGUCCUUCCUUGGUCAGUCUUGAGUUUUCUUUAGUUUCUGGGCUGAAUUUAGGUUGUUUUAAUAGCUCAUGGUCAUCAGAGGUUUUUUAACUAUUCUACUGCAUAACAUCUAUGUAAUUACAGCUUGUUCUCAGAAAAGGGGAAAACCCUCAAUA